UUUUUAAUUAGAGAAAAUCGGGAAGAUUUUAUUUUAAUUUGAAUCAGAUUGAUUCCUUGAAAUAAAUAUAAAAUAAAAAUACGAACGCAAUAACCUGUCGAUGAAGCUUUUAAAUUGAUGUUAAUUUCAUCAGAUCCAAUUUUUAUUAAAAAUAAUAAACAUUUAUUCAAUUUAAAUUUAAAUUUAAAAUAUAUUUGUAUUAAUUAAUUGAUAUUAAAAAUAUAUUAAAUAAAUGAUUGGACCGGUCCAGGUUGAGAAGAGCCCAUGGAUUAAAAUUUGAAGAGUACAAAAUAUUAAAAACAAUAAUAAAACACAAAUCAUAAAAUCUUAUCCUGCUCGCUACUCUCCUCCACUCAAAUGGCGCUAACCAUGACCAUCAGCCAUGGUAGCGGUACUAGUGGCGGUAAUGGGGUCCGAAUCAUCUGCGACAACCCCACCAAACAAUCCUACACUCGCCUCCCUCCUCGACGACGCGUCCUCUUCCCCACCUCCCCCAGAAUUCUCCACUUAACGACCUUCGCAGCCAAAAAGUUCUCCCCCCGAACCGGACGCUUCGACAGCAAGAACCGGAGAAGCGCUCUCACGACGAAAGAACAAGAUGAGGAACAAGAGCAGCAACGAAAGACGGCUGAGAUUGAAGAACAGAAAGUUGUUGUUGGGGUUGGGUUUGAUAACGUUGGUGGGAGUUCUUCCGAGGUUUCGGCUGAUGGGAAACCGUUUCCGGAACUUCCUGGUCUUCAGCCUGAUUUGUGGGAAGGUCCUCAGUGGGAUGUUCUUGGUUUCCUUGCUCAGUAUUUGUGGGCUGUUGGCAUUGUUUUCGCGUUAAUUGCAUGUGGGAUUGCUGUGGCAACUUACAAUGAAGGGGCAACAGAUUUUAAGGAGACUCCUGCAUACAAAGAGUCUAUCCAAUCUCAAGAGCUUUUAGAAGAACCUGACUCUAAUUCAGAUGUAUUCGAAUCGAACCCUACUGAAGUUGCACCUAGUUUGGAGUAGCUGCUGUAAAAUGAACCUAAAAGGUCUUUAUAUCUGGAUUGAUAAACAAAUCACUUGAAGUCAAGCUUUUUCCUUGAUUUGUAUGGUAAUGUAUGUAAUUUACCUUUGCAAAUAUUGUAUCUUAAUGAUUUUGAGAUAAUGUUACAAAUUAUUUGAUAGUUGGCAUACAUUAAAGGCACAGUUGACACGUCCAUCAAUUGUAGUCUUUUACUUGAAA